AUGGCGAAGCUUGCAACCCUCGCAGCAAUCUUUGCAGCCUUCCUGCUCAUGUCCCAUGUCAUCGAGGCCCACUGGACCACGAUAACCAGCGUCGAGAUCGACGAGGAAGCCCCGAGGAGAAGCGGGAGCUGCCACGAGCAGCUCCAUAGGCAAGAUCUCAACCGCUGCGAGCAGCUGUUCGAGGACAUUGCCCGUGGCAGCCCAGGGCGCAGGGCGAGGGAGAGAAUGGAGUCGUCGGAGAGCCUGAGGCCAUGCUGCGAGCAGCUCAGGCAGGUGCAGGAGGGGUGCCGGUGCGAGGGGAUAAGGCAGGUCGCGAGAGGGCAGCAAGGUGAGUUCCGAGGCGAGGGGAGCCUCGAGGUGGCGAGGUCGGCUCGGCGCUUGCCUUCGACUUGCGGGGUUGCUCCUCAGCACUGUGAGAUCAAGGCCGCUUGGUACUGA